AUGACAGGAGGAAAUAAGGAGGGCUCGACCAAUCCAUCAGCAGUCCGAAUUCGUGACAACCAACGACGGUCCCGUGCACGACACAAGGAGUAUGUCGAAGGCUUGCAGAAGAAGCUCCAAGAUUAUGAGCGUCGAGGUGUCGAGGCGACUUUGGAGAUGCAACAAGCAGCUCGAAAUGUUGCCAUUGAAAACUCGCGACUGAAGGUUUUGCUAGGUUACCAUGGCAUCACUAAUGAUGACAUCGAAAAGUUUUUGCAAAGCUUUCCAGAUCAACCAGCUUCAGAUGCCGCAAAGGCAACCAUCUCACAGUCAACCACAGGCCAACCACUUGCCGCAACCGCACCGAAGAUGCCUCUCCCACCUCUGUCCGGGGCGCCAUCAGCUGAUUCUCCGAGGUCAACGUUACCUGCUCCGCAGAUUGUGCAAAAGAACGGCACGAGUACUCGAGAUGUCGUGGAUGCGGUUGUAGGGAUCAAGAGAGACUCUCGAAAAGCUGGAUUACCACAUGGACCAAAACUCCCCUUACCGAUUGAACAGGGGCAGCCACUAUUACAACCUCGACCCCAGCCGCCCGUACUGCCAGCCCUGCCAGCUCUCGUCCUCGGCCAGGGCAGGCCAGAACGUAACCCUCUCGAUAAAUUGUCGGUUCUCGCAACAGCGAGUGUAUACCAAGAGCCCGACACAAAGAAACAUCGUCGUUCACAUUCCAACGCCGAUAGCCUUCGUGUCCCUAGCCCUUCGACACUGGGGCAGAGUUCGCCGGCCUCCUCCCACACAACUCCCAGUCGACUGAGUUCGACGUCUCCAUGA